UCACCGUCACUCUCUCUCUCAUCUUCUCCAUCUUCCAUCUUCUAGAUGUAGAAAAAUUAGGGUUUUGGCUAUGGCUAUGGCUGUCACAAAAGCUUGCAAUUUCUUCACUGUUACGACGACUCGGAGCGAUCUUCUCCUCUUCUUCACUUCGUCUCUUCCUCUCUCAUCUUCUUCACGAUUCUCUCAUCAAUCUUUCUCCCAAUUUUUCACUGCUAAUUCUUUCGUUAAUGUUAUAUUGAUUUCUUUGAUGAUUUUUUCGGGCUAAUUUAUUCUGAAAUUGAGUAAUUUUAUGGUUAUUAAGGUUUCGUUUUUGAUUUUUUUUGCAGAGAAUUGUGUAAUUUGGGAGAUGAACAAAGAUCGACCAUUUGAUCCUCUCGAUUUCUUCAUCUGAACUGUUGAGAGAAUUGUGUAGUUUGGGAGAUGAACAAAGAUCGACCAUUUGAUGAUUUCUUCAUCUGAACUGUUGAGAAAAGAAGGUUUUUAGAGAGAGAAAGAAGGAGAAGGCAUUAGAGAGAGAAAAUCUACAAAUACAAGUAUACAACCAGUAGAAAAAAACUAAACAAAAAUAGUGUACAAGAUGAAGGAGAAGCAGCUUGAUGAUGGAGGUGAUACUAAUAAAGGCCGAAACUUUGAAUUGGACCCCAAUCUUCCUAAAUCUUUUUGUCAGAAUUGCCGUCAUCCUCUUUCCAUCGUUGGAGUCGUCGAUUCUUUCAGGUUACAGGGCUCAUCACUCCAAGGAGCAGACAGUGUUGGCUUCCUCACAUAUGGACCAUUUGUUUGUCGUGUUGCCAAAGCAAAAGUCUCAGACACCUGGUGCUUCUCCUCGUCCCCGAGGAGGUGGAGUUCGGCAGGAAACGUCUCCGUCUGUUGGUGUAGGUGGGAUUUCAUUAACAACAGCAACACUUCAUUAACAACAGCAACAUUAGAGACAGUUUCUUUCAGUGUGCUACACGAGAUGCGUCCUCCAUUGACAUUGCACCAGCACCCUAUGUGUGCUGAAAUCAUUGAGGCAUUCCAGAAAUGUCAUGGAGAUCACCCUUUUGUCAAAAUUUUCGGCAAUUGCACUGAGCUCAAAAUUAAACUUGAUCGCUGCUUUAGGCAGGAGAAGACUUGCAUUUGGAAAAUUUCGUCAAGACAAAGAAGCAAUGGAGGUUGUGUCUGCCUAAAGCAUAUCACCCUCUUUUACUUCAGCGACAUCGACAUAAUCUGCGGGAAGCCAAGAAGGAUGUCGCUAAUUAAUGCUAUUGAUAAAAUAAAUUAUAAAAGGGUGACCUUUGGUUUGCUAACCCAGAGUGGGAUGUCAAUCGGGAGAAUUAAGUCAAAAAAUAGAUUCAGGAGAUGCAGGAGAUUGUCAAUUAUCAUCCACUUCACUAGAGAUUCAGGAGAUGCUAACAAAAUAUUAAAUUGGAUUCUUUUGGAGUCUCUGGUUGGUGGUCAAGAAAAGUGCAUGCUUUGCCGAGCACCCGGUGACUGUCACUGUGUCAGCACUUACAACUUAUACCUCGAGUAUUAACAAUGAGCCAAGGGUAGUUAAAACAUUCAAACAUCAUGUAAAAUGAAUCCUUUUAUCUUCGUUUCUUUCCUCUACAAUAUGCAUUUACUUUUAUUUAUAUAAUAAAGUUGUAGAGACGAUGUAUUUUUGAUGUAAAUGAGCGGUUAAACUCAA